UUGUAGCCUCGUCGGAGCUGUAACGACCUCGAUCAAAUCAAAGACGCAGUAGCCCCUAGCCAAGAUCACAGAGAGCUUACGAUCUGAAGAUUCAACAGUAGCAGUGAGGGAUGAUCUCGCAGUUCUUCGUGCUCUCACAGAGGGGCGACAGCAUUGUCUUCCGCGACUAUAGAGGAGAUGUACAAAAAGGAAGUGCAGAGAUUUUCUUCCGCAAAGUAAAGUUUUGGAAAGAAGAUGGUGAAGAGGAAGCACCACCUGUAUUUAAUGUGGAUGGUGUAAACUACUUCCAUGUGAAGGUUGUUGGUCUGCUUUUUGCUGCAACUACUAGGACCAAUGUGUCACCUUCUCUGGUGCUGGAGCUUCUACAGAGGAUUGCACGAGUUACAAAAGAUUACCUUGGCAUUCUGAAUGAAGAUUCCUUGAGAAAAAAUUUUGUACUUGUGUAUGAGCUACUUGAUGAAGUGAUUGAUUUUGGUUAUGUCCAAACGACAUCCACUGAAGUCUUGAAAUCCUACAUAUUUAAUGAGCCAAUUGUAGUUGAUGGUGGGCGUUUGCCACCAAUCGGCCCAGCUGCUAUAUUUAUGCAAGGGACAAAAAGAAUGCCUGGGACAGCUAUUACAAAGUCUGUUGUAGCAAAUGAACCAGCUGGUAGAAAGAGGGAGGAAAUUUUUGUGGAUAUCAUUGAGAAAAUAAGCCUUACAUUCAGCUCAAGUGGAUAUAUAUUGACUUCUGAAAUUGAUGGCACCAUUCAAAUGAAGAGUUAUCUUUCUGGUAAUCCAGAAAUCAGAUUAGCUCUUAAUGAGGAUCUGAGCAUAGGGAGAGGCGGGAGAUCAAUUUAUGAUUAUGGUGGUUCUUCUGGGGCAGGAGCAGUAACAUUUGAUGAUUGCAAUUUCCAUGAAUCUGUUCAUCUUGAUAGUUUUGACAUGGACAAAACAUUGACUCUAGUUCCCCCAGAUGGUGAAUUUCCUGUAAUGAAUUACCGUAUAACCCAGGAGUUCAAGCCUCCCUUUCGAAUUAAUGCUUUGAUUGAAGAAGCUGGAUCGCUCAAGGCUGAAGUUAUUUUGAAGAUUCGAGCUGAGUUUCCAUCAAACAUAACUGCAAAUACUGUUGCAGUGCAGAUGCCAGUGCCAUCAUACACAUCCAGGGUUAAUUUUGAACUGGAAACUGGAGCAGUUGGGCAAACAACUGAUUUCAAAGAAUCCAAUAAGAGGCUGGAGUGGAGUCUGAAGAAGAUUGUGGGUGGAUCUGAAUGUACACUGCGUGCCAAGCUAACCUUUUCGCAAGAGUCACAUGGAAAUAUCACAAAGGAAGCUGGGCCUGUUAGCAUGACCUUCACCAUACCCAUGUACAAUCCCUCAAGGCUUCAGGUAAAGUAUUUGCAGAUUGCAAAGACGUCCAAAAGUUACAAUCCCUAUCGGUGGGUGCGAUACGUAACUCAGACCAAUUCAUAUGUGGCUCGUAUAUGAUAAAUAAAUUAAGAUGCCUUCCCAGUCUCAACAGUGUGAAUUUUGGGCUAGAUUUUAUUCGCACACUUUUUGUUAUUUUCUUGUUGUGUCUUAGGGAUGAGGUGCUUGUAACUCAAUUUCUAAACCGGAACCAUUCCCCAUAAGUCAUUCGUUUUCUGAAGAGUCUCAAUAGUGAUUCCCUGUAGUUCACAAAUUUGGUGUGUUUAAAAAACUACUGUAAUAGCCUCUUUAUUUUUUGCAUAUAAUUUGAGUGAAUAAAGUGUACUGUUGCGGUGAA